CAACGUGCGCAACAUGGAAGUGGAGUAAAAUUUGGUGCAGUCAGUUUGCUGAGUUAAAACAAUAAUACAAGUGCCGAUUAACAAUGAAGUUAAAAAUGAUCACAUUCCAAAGAAACCAUCUAUGAUUUGGUGAAGGAUAAUUUGCUGCUGUUUACAAGUUUGUAAUUAAUACCCAUAAGAAGGAGACAUUAUAAAUAAUCUACAAUGCUGGACACAGAAUCCGACUUUGGUCUACGAUGGCUUUUCCAUCCCAACCACUCCGAAUUCCUCCCUAUAGACGAACAGCUUAAACAGUAUAAAGCCCGAGACCUUACCAAGACUAAGCUGUACGCAACCGCUACUAAACUAUGGGGUUUAUCACGCAGCCGCAAGAGAGUAUUCAUCGCACCUCCGAUGGGCGAACACCCAGGAAGAGAUCUGAACCUCAGACAGUCAAAUGUGAAACUCAAACCGAUGACGGAAAAGCCUAAAACACCUCCGCCGAAAACCGGCGACUGGGCUCUGAGUGAACUGGAGAAAUUAACUCUUCAUGAAAAAGAAGUUGAGGAGAAAUCUAGCGAAUAUAAGAGCUGGCUGGGGGAGAGAAUGAAAUUAAGGAAUGGUUUAGAGAGUCUUGGGUUGAGUGAGGAAUGGCUGAGAAAUAAACCGGAUCCCACCCCGAUGGAACGAAGGGUGGUUGACAGAAUGAAGGAAGAGAGAGUGAGUAAGCUACUUGCUAAUAAGGUUAGGGAGGAGAGGGCUUUUGGCAGAAAGAGAGACCAAGGAUCAACAAGCAUUACACUAGACGUUCCGUCCACUGAGGUAAAACCAGGUAUUAAACGCCCCCCUCCUGAAGCCAUGGCAAUCAUUGCCAAGUACCUCACCGCUAAGAGACAACGCCUCAUCGAUCUCUUCUCACAAGCAGAUAAAGAUAAAAACUGGAUGCUCACAAGAAUUGAGUUCAAACGGAGCAUCAAGGAGGCUGGGAUUCCUAUUUCUGAUCAGCUUCUCUCUGAUCUGAUUGAGAGUCUGGACCAGGAUUGUAAUGAGCUGAUUGACUACCGAGAGUUUGUCCGAGGAAUGAAAAACUUCAGGAUAGAUGAUCGAGAGAGGAAGAGAUUCACUUUGGCUCAACAGAAAAGCAAAGAAAAGCAAGCAGAGGCAUCUUCAACUGACCUACCGACUCUAACAGAGAUUCCAGACCAGCGUACUGCCUCCUUAAGAUCAGCCUCAGCUCGUUCCUCAUCACCUUCUCCAACAGACAUGACCUCAAGGUCGUCCUCACCGUACCUGCUGCCUCCCCCACGGGUGGACCUGACGGAGAGGAGAGAGCUGGAGCCCGAUGAUAUGAUUGAGAAGAGGAAACGAGAGAAACAUCAAAGUCAUGAUGUGCAGAGAAAGAGGAAAGGCAAGGGAGUUGAUAAAGUGCGCACCGGUAACACGGCCAUUGACAGUCACAGCAAACGCUCAACCCUCAGUGGAGACACGGCAGCGGGGAUCAAUAAAUACAGAGAGGAUCGUCUCAAAGAAUACCAUGAUAUCUGUCUACUGUGUGAGAAGCAGGGACUAGAUCUCACGCCCAAACUUCUAGAGCGAGCGUUACUUCACCCUGGCGACAAGCCCGUCAGCCGAAUCAGAACACACAUCCGCCAACCUGGCACCUACACCCUCUCUGAGCACUUUGCCGACCCACCAGUACCCCGCGAGCCUCCACCCAAGUACCACGACCCAGACAAGGUUGUGAUGAGUCGAAGCGGAGAGUUAAUGAUGGAGGCCAAGCAUGCCUACCCAACGAGACACGACGUGAAAGCCGAGGCCGAGAUGAUGAGUCUAUCUAGCGGGAAGGCCUUCGUGAGUCGGAAAGUAGACUGCUGGAUGACGUUUGAGGAGUACGAUAAACUCACAAUGCACCUUGCUAAGCGCUAUGUCACCUUAGACGGGGGCGGUGUAGAUCCCAACGCAUUCUGGCCCGGCCACCUAUUGGACAAGAUCCGUCUGUGCGUAACCGAUGAAGACAAGCCGCAGACAGACAGCAUCUUCACAUCAACGAGGACAACAAGACGUAGAGCGUACCCGGAAUAUAACAACCAUCUUAAAUGGUGGCCGAUCAGUGAUCAAGGAUACAUGAUGCCAGCCGAUUAUGAACAGAACAAAGUCUAUACCAUUGAUAAGAGGUAGAUUCCUCAAGGGUCUUUUUUCAUCGUCUUUGAUUCAGUGAUCUUCAACACAGCCGAUGUCAUACAGCAUCUUUACACAAAAUUAUCCACAGAAAUGUUAUUAGCGAUUUAGAUGCUUUUAAGGCAGUGGACACUAUUGGUAAUUACUCAAAAUAAUUAUAAGCA